AUGAGUUUCGACAAAUGCCUUAACGUCACUGCUCUUCUCUCGCAGGCGACGGAGAAGAUCCGGGAAAUCGAGAAUGGCGAGAAGUCGGUAAGCCUGCACCGUCGCGUGUUGCUGGAGCAAUUGCUGAACAAAUGGGCCUGGCUUGAUGACUCUGACAGCAGCAGCUCUAGCGACGACGAAGACAGCGAUGAUGGCGACGGCGGGCCUCCUGUACCGGUCGUCCCUGCCUCAGGCGUGAAGCAUGGGCGAGAUGAUUGCGACGGUGAGAACAAAGAUUCAUCGAAGCAGAACUCUGGGGAUCAAGAAGGUGUCUUGGCUAAUUUUGAUGACGGAGAACCUGGACCCUCCAAGCGCCGGAGAGUGGACGAGGAAGAGUGUUGGGAUUGCCGUCCAGGGCCUAGCGGUGACCAGGAAAAUUACACCUCGCCGCAGCUCGAAGACGAGAAUGACUCUUACCGGAUGAAAGUUGCCCCGUUCCCAGACUGGCUGGACAGUGAAGGCGGGGCGACGGAGAAGAUCCGGGAAAUCGAGAAUGGCGAGAAGUCGGUAAGCCUGCACCGUCGCGUGUUGCUGGAGCAAUUGCUGAACAAAUGGGCCUGGCUUGAUGACUCUGACAGCAGCAGCUCUAGCGACGACGAAGACAGCGAUGAUGGCGACGGCGGGCCUCCUGUACCGGUCGUCCCUGCCUCAGGCGUGAAGCAUGGGCGAGAUGAUUGCGACGGUGAGAACAAAGAUUCAUCGAAGCAGAACUCUGGGGAUCAAGAAGGUGUCUUGGCUAAUUUUGAUGACGGAGAACCUGGACCCUCCAAGCGCCGGAGAGUGGACGAGGAAGAGUGUUGGGAUUGCCGUCCAGGGCCUAGCGGUGACCAGGAAAAUUACACCUCGCCGCAGCUCGAAGACGAGAAUGACUCUUACCGGAUGAAAGUUGCCCCGUUCCCAGACUGGCUGGACAGUGAAGGCGGGGCGACGGAGAAGAUCCGGGAAAUCGAGAAUGGCGAGAAGUCG